AUGUCAUCCCGUCUGUCUUCUCAUUGUGAGUUGCCGCGUCUCCUGUCCUUCGUCUCUUCCACUCACUUGUUCGAAUCCCCAGCUGCUUUCGAAGUGAGGCUACUGGCCGAAGACCCGUCCGAUCCUCUUCCAGAACGCAAAUUCCGCAUUAUCCCCGGCACCCCCUUUGUGAUAGGUCGAAGUUCGAAAAGCCUUCACAAGGGCUUACUACCCGCAUCCGACAAUGCCUAUAUUGAUUGUCCCGUCGUGUCUAGAGAGCAUGCCUAUCUCGACAACGCCAGCGGGGAGGAUGCAAUCUUCAUUACAGAUCACUCAACACACGGGACUACGGUGAAUGGAUUACCGCUCCAACGUAGCACUCGGUAUAAACUGCACAAUGGGGACAAGUUAAGGCUUGGAGUCGAUAUCGUGCGGGAUAAGGGUAUGUGUCAGCUCCAACAUGUUGCAAGCCACGAUCAAACUGAUCCGACAGAUACGUUUGUUGCCCCGGAAUACCGCUUCAACGCUACACCUGUUCAGCCCGAGCCUGAGCGUGGACGUUCUCCGGAAGAUGUAUGUUUUCCCAAUGGCAUCGGCUUUCCGUCCCAAGCGUCUUCUCCGGCUCACGACUGGGAUGGCUCGUGCAGCGAGAAUGACGUUCUGUUUGACGAAUCCCACGACGAGUAUACGAGUGACGGGAGUCCCGCAUACACCGGGAAUGCACUCGGUGAAGCUGUGAGUGUGGGUUCGGAUAGCAUGGACGAUUCCGCCUCGGAUCCUGGGCUAGGGUCAACCAGUGACGGCGAACUCGAAGAUUUAGGCGAAGAAUUGCCGGAUAGUAGCGAGACCCAAAAUGACAUCAGGCAAUGGUUCAAUCCGCUGGACAUACCUAUCGGGAGGGAGAAUGAGGCCACUGCAUCUUCCAGAGACGCCGAGCCUGCACAAGAGGCCGCUCAGAAUACUACUCAACAGACUGCCCAAGAAAAUCGCGCAGAAGCCAGUCGGGAUAGCCUCCAAGGAGUUUCUGGUACCCCAGUAUACGGUUAUAGCAACAUCUUUGCUCCCGGUCAGCAGGCCCUGUCUCAACGCCCAGAGGGAUUUCCUAUUUCCGGAUCCACUCCCGCUCCUGCUGGUGGCUUGCCUAUAUCCACCCAAAUGUAUGGGUUCACUGCAGUCCAGCCACAUCCCACAACCUACUCCACUGCAACGCACUGGUACAUGCGGGGCGUAAUGGGCACCCAUGACAUUCCACUAUAUCGAGCACCUGCACUGCACCAAAGUACGGCACAACGUGGCGAUGAUACUCUAGAAUGGGACGCCAACCAAACAUCGUUGCCGUCCGUUUGCAAUGACGGCCCUACUCCUAGUACUUUCUCCCAAACAUCGCGCACGAAGGUGUCCAUCCCAGAACUCAUGACUGCUUCACACGAAACUCAGGCCCCAGCCGUGAGCCCUCUUAGAAACUACCCCUUUGAUGUUGCGGAACGCACCAAUCAGUCGGCGAUGGAAAACCAGGCUAGCCCUCAGAGCGCGGAUAAGUCUAGCCAACCUUUCACCUUUACGGGUUCACGGGCAGCCGAGUGUCCAACCGAUGUCGCCGAGCUCGUAUCCACCGUCGUGCAGCCUCCCUCGAGCAACUGCGCUUUAUCUGGGCUCGCAAGUAUGCAACCCACGGUCGAGGUUCAGAGAGACGAGAAAUCCAACGAGACCAAAGUGGCUGAGAAGAACACAGAUGAGGAAGAGGUUGGCCGAACGGAAGUAGCCGCUUCGUCAAGCAUCGCCCUCACGUCUGCUCGCCCGCCAAAGCGCAAGGCUGAAGAGUUGGCGGAAAAGGACCUGGUAAACAGCAAGCGAAUGCGUCGCGUAGCCGUCCCCCGCCGGUACAACAAGCUCCGGAAAGGUGUCAAAUUCACUGGAAUUCUUGCCACUGGCAUGGCCAUUGGAGCAGCCGGUGUGGUUGGGCUCCUCACUACUCUUCCUGAGGCCUUCUUCCAGUAA